AGGCAAAACCCAGCACGAGGGCAUACAGCCCUUGGGAAUGCCCCGAGAAGCUUUCUGGGAACUGGGAGCUGUGAUGGCGUGGGAAGCUGGGUUGCACAAUGUCCCUUCCGCUGCGACACCCUUUAAACCCGCGCGCGUCCUGCCGUGCCCCUCCAGUCUGCGGAGGCAGCUGAGCUCGGCGAGGCAGGAGCAGGGGACAGACCUUUCUCCUGGCCAGCAGGAGAGAUCCUUCCUUGGGGGCCGUGCUGGAGAGAGCUGAGGAGGACAGGAGAGUGGCUGCUGCUGAUUCUGGGGUGGAAGGCGUGGAAGAGCUGCACCUGGCUGAUCUCCGAGCAGCCUCGAGGCUCACCUGCACCAGACACUGCCAGCCCACAUCCCCCGUGGCCAAGCCCUUUGCUGCAAGCAUGGACAUCGUGGAGAGGGUCCUCUCUGUGGCCCAGGCCAUCCAUGCCCAGUUCGAGCAGGUGAAGUGCUGCAAGCACCAGUGCCAGCGCCUCGUGGAGCGCAUCCAGAUUCUGCUGGAGCCCGUGAGGAUCCUUCGGGCUCAGCCACGACAGCACAUCUCCCACCACGAAGAGGAACUGAUGAAAAAGCUGCUCCGGGCACUGGAGGAAGCCCAGAAACUGGUGAUGAAAUACAGCCAGGCCAGCUGGAUCCAGAAGUUCCUGCGAGCCCGAAGUACUGGUGAGGAGUUUGUCUGGGUGAAUGAAAGCCUGGAGGACAUUGCCCAGGGGCUCUCGCUCCUGCUGCAGGCAGAGCAGAAGCAGGCUUUCCUGGAAGCUUUCCAGUCAAAGACAUGUCGCAGGCAGGAUGCUGAGGACCUGAGGGAUGACAGAGCUUUCUUGGACCAGGUGAUUGCAAGCACUGAGGAGCCCAAAGAUGUGCUUGAGGACAUCUACAUCGACAGGGAGUGUAUGGAAAGCAAGAUGGACUGGAUGAAAAGCGAGCUGAACAAAGUCAUUCGUGAGAUGGAGCGCUUGAAGAAGGUCAACGUUGGUAAAAGAGAAGACAUCACAGAGAUCAAGCGAGACCACCUCACUUUCCACAGGCACCUGCAGGACACAGAGAGCUACGACCUUUACGAGGGCGAGUACCUCAAGUACCCUGUUGCCAUCAAAACCUUCAAGAGGCCACUGACCACUGACCCAGUUAAGGUGAGAGACAUCUUUGAGAAGGAGAUUCAGACCCUGAAGAAGUUUGAGUCUCCAAACAUCCUUCGCAUGUACGGGAUCUGCAUUGAGGAGAACGAUGGGAGCCCCUGCUUCUCCAUCGUCAUGGAGUACUGCAAGCACGGGACACUGCGGGACGUGCUGAACAAGCAGCAGCAUCUUUCCUGGGAUAUCCGCAUUCGGAUGGCCCUGGGAGCUGCCAGAGGCCUUUACAGGAGGGAGCACCAAGGUGGGGAUGGAUCAAUCCUUCAUCAUCAUCAUCAUCAUCAUCAUCAUCAUCAUCAUCAUCAUCAUCAUGUGUUGCCCUUGGUUCCAUCCAUCUGCAGGUUGCACCAGACAGGGGAGAAGUCCCGACUCCACGGCUGCAUCUGCAGCAGCAAGUUCCUGGUGGCUGGGGAUUACUGUGUGAAGCUGUCAGGAUUUGAGCUGUGUGAAACAGAAUCAUCCAUCAAGAGGAAAGCCAAGAAGGACUGGAAACAAGUCUUUAUGUUGGCCUACAUCGCUCCAGAGAACCUGAAAGACAUCAACUACCCUUACAAGAGGCCCUGUGAAAUAUACAGCUUUGGGGUCGUUCUGGCAGAGAUUGCAACCUCCAAAAUCCCAUUUGAAGGCUGCACUGCUGAGGAGAUCGUGGAGAAAAUCUGCAACCACCAUUACUGGGACCCUCUUGGGGAAGAUUGUCCUGAAGAUCUGAGGAAAAUCAUUGAGCAGUGCCAGGCCUUUGACCCUUCCCAACGCCCUUCUGCCGAGGAGAUUGUGGAUGCGCUGGCUGACCUGGAGAAAAGCAGAAACCAAGGAAGUUAACCGUGGAGAACGGGGCUGGGUGACCAGGGGCAGCAAGCCCAGGGGUGCCACUCGUCCCUCUUCCCCCUGACAGAGACUGAGGGCU